AUGUAAAGUCGUGUUAUGGUAUCGUCACAGUACUCGUUGAGAAAAAAGCUCUAGUGUGUGUGGUAAUUUCCUCUCGGUCAUACUCGAAGCUCGGACAUCAAGGAGAACGUUAAAUAUUUCUCAGCCUCUGUUCCACGAUCCAUAUAGAUCUUUUCUAAGAUCAAAGUAUAUCAUUGAAAACCCAACAUUCUUUUAAAGCACAACUGACGUUCAGGGUCACGGAUAACACAUACACAAUUUCUACUUAUACCCAGUGAAAGAACGUGACGUAAAAUCGAGCUGAUUAAGCUUCUUUUUUAGCAAAAAAACGUCUAAAAGAUUUCUAUCUUUCUUCAUUUAUCCAUCCCUUCUUAUAUUAUAUUACGUAUUUGAAGAGUGUCAUCGAUCGAGAUCAAGAGAAAGUUAGUUUAAUCACUAUUUUUAAAUUAGUGAUCCACGACGAAGAUCGCUCGUGAAAGAUACGAUGAAUUUAUUUCGACUUUAAAGGAAAUUUCUUUCGAAAUCUACUACAUGUGGAUGGCACUGAUCUUAAGUUACAUCCUGAGAAGUUUACUGAAGAAACUUCGUCAAAUCGACUCAAAGGGUAGAGGAAAUUUACGAAUAGAAACGCCACCUUCUUACGGACGUUUGUUCGUUGGUGGGAAAAUUAAAUUUCACGGUUAAUCCAAGGAAAUGUGUCGUUUUCUUUUUAUUUUUGGAUAAUUAUUCUAAUGUUAUCGAAAAAAAAGACAAACAAAUGUCCUAGAAAUAAUUAAGAAAAAGUAGUGAACAAAGUUGAAAAGGUUGUACCAACUGCUUCUCCUUCGAAGGAACCUGAUGACUUUGAUUAUUUCUAAUGUGAAAUCCGUGAGAUUCGUGAACGUUCAGGGUGUUUCGAUUUUUUUAAAGAAAUCUCCACGUGUUAGGAGUAUUUAUUAACGGAGAGUGAUCGCGUGUGCUGCAAGCAUGUGAGUAAAUGGCCGUGGAAGGAUUAGUCGAACGACCUACUAUGGGCAUCUGCCUGGACACUGAGCAACAAAAUGGAUCGCAGGUGUUCGAGGAUCCCGAUGCUCGAAGUACAGGAAGAUGGCGAGGAGAAACUGGUUUAUUGGCGACCCCGCCUGAUGGACGUUUCACGAAGCAAAACGUGGGUCCUGUUAAGUUCGAAAUGCCGAAGGUUCCGGUCAUUUUUGUGCUCGGCGGUCCAGGUAGUGGUAAGGUGACACACUGCGAUAAUCUAAUGCAAGAGAGGAAAGGCAUAACACAUAUCAACAUGAUGGAUCUCCUUCAACAAUAUGCACUUGGAAACGAUAUGCAAGAUUUCGGUCAACUCAGCAGUAAAACCGUAUCGGAAGUUCUCAUGCUCGAAAUGAAAAUGUCUCCAGAGGCCAAAGUUUUUCUCGUCAGUGGAUAUCCCCGAAAUAUGCGGGACGUAGUCGAAUACGCCGAAAAGAUAAAAAUCGUCAAUGGUGUAAUCCUCGUCUCAUGGAGACAGGAAGUCCUCGAAAGACAAAUCGAUUUUGGAGCUCAGCUCGGUCACGUAAUUAUUGGAUUAGCAAGGAUGGAAUUACAUAAUUUCUAUAGAAAUGUUAUGCCUGUUGUAGAAUACUUCGAUCAAAGUGGAAUGUUAUAUGAGGUAAACGGAGAACGAAAUCCCAAUGAAGUUUUCAUUGAUUUCCGAGAAGCUGUUAUGAAAAUUUUAGGAUUACCGACUACAGAUGAGGAAGAAAAGAAAAUAGCCCAAUCAUUAGAGGCAGAAGUAAAGGUAGAAAGGAGAGAAGAAGCAAUUUCUAGAACACCAACGCCGAAAGAUCAUAUGGUUGUAGUCGAAAUGACUGAGCCACCUAUUGAAACAGAUACGAAAGCAUCUAAAACCGCGGUAAAACCUCGGAAAGGAUUACCAGCUUUUAUAUGGGUAAUAGGUGGACCAGGUAGCAAUAAAGCAGUACUGUGCAGUCACGCUAUUCAAAAUAUGCCAGGAUGGGUUCAUGUAAGUAUCGGUGGAUUGUUAAGAGGAAUGGCAUCGACGAAUACGACUGUUAGCGAGGCAAUAGUAGCUGGUGAAAUGGUAUCCCAAGAUAUUGUGAUGCCAUUGGUCGAACAACAAGUUCUUUUGAAUCGUGACACAGAUGGUAUAAUCAUUGAUGGAUAUCCAAGAGAUUUGAACCAAGUUCAAGAAUUCGAGAACAAAUUUGGGCAGGAACCGCCGUUAGUAUUAUUGGAUUGUUCGAAGCUUCAACUUGGUAAAGGGAGAUUAGAUGACAGUGUAUCAGCUUUCAGAAAAAGAUUAGAACUCUUUCGAGAAAUGUCAUUGCCGAUGUUGAAAACACUGGAUAAUGAAAACCGAUUAGUAAUCAUCGACGGUGACACAGACGUGCCAAGUGUAAAAGAGGAUUUCUCGCAAGCUUUGUUUCAACUGACGCGACGUGUUCGACGAAAAGAGGAGGAUAAUCCACAUGGACCAGAAUCGCCAAAGCCGCAGGAAAAUGGUGACGAUAUAGACCCAAACUUACCAAUCUCCGAUGACAUCAAUGGGACCCAGGAAACAGAAAAGCAGAGACAUAGUCAUAAUAUAGCGAAUGGUUUCGCUAGGCAUAUGAUUAACAACGGUGUAUCUGAUCAAGUGAGCAAGACGAUAGAUAAAGUGGAAAACUUAAAUGGAGUCGUAGUUAAAGGUGUCACCAACAUGACGAAUGGCGUGCUCAACAAUGCAAAAAGGAUGAAUCAAAAUGGUGGGAUCCAACAAAAUGGUGGGAUCCGACAAAAUGGUGGGAUUCGACAAAAUGAUGGGAUCCGACAAAAUGGAAUAACCAAUGGAACGACGCAUAUGUUACAAAAUGGUGUGGCACAUUUGGCGAACGGUAUAAUUCCUGGCAAUAAUAAGGUAGCGCCGAGUAUACAGAAUUAUUUACCUAACAAUACGAAAGAUCCCUUGAGAAAAAUGUACAACGAGGUGGAAGGAUACCAAGAAAAUCUCCACAUAUAACGUUACGAAGAAUACGCAAAGAAUAUCGCCUAAUUCCUAACGUAGUAGAUAAAUAUAUAUCCGAUACUCGCAUAAAAUCGCAAAGAAAUUAUCGAGAAUUAAAAUCCUAUCGUAUACGUGCCUUAUAAUAAAAUUUUAUAGGUAAAAUAAUGCUGUGAAAUGCAUUAGUACAUGGCUUUUUAUACGCACUGAUAAUCUGUAAAUAAGAUUUAAAUGAAGAUAAAUCCUCAGAGAAAAAAGAAAAAUAUCUAUAUUAACAAUUCUUGCAUAAUUAAUUAUAUUUAAAAAUCGUCAUAAUCUCAUUUAUGUUGCAAUAAAUGAAAAAACAUAUAUAUUUACAUACAGUAUUAAUUAUUUCUAAUUUUACAUAAUGGCAUUAAAUCUUAUUAUCUCAUAAUAUGUUUUAACUAUCUUUUUAUAGAUUAUCAUUAUGCGAUUUUUCUAUGCACUUUAAAUGAAAUAACUCCAUAUAUUUAUUAAUAUUAUCUCGUAUACUUAUAUUCGUACCGCACUUUUUAUGAAAAUAUUUUCGUCAAUCGAUAACGGUUAAACAGUCAAAUAAUCUUCAUAUCUUAGCGCGAUUAUUCGUGAUAAAAAUAAUGAAAGAACCAUAAACCAGUUAUAAUGAUUAUAAUAAUACACAUCAUAAAAGGAAAAUUGAUAUAUUAAUGAUAAAUAUAUUGAUAUAUUAAAAAUAUAUAUAAUGAACUAUUUACGACUUUCUUUUUAAUACGGUCGUAAGGUUCAGUUAACUAUGAGAAGGUACAAUAAUAGUUUUCUAAAUAUAAUUGCAUAUUACAUAGGUAUUCUUUUUUCGUAAAAGACACGUGCGACUGGUAUCCCCAAGUGUGUCAAAUUAAUACUCGUAUACAGAAGUACUAAUUUGUUUUAAAAAAAAAAGAAGAAAGCAGGAAAAGAAAAAAAUAAAAGAAAAAAAUAAAUAGAAAAAAAAUUAAUGAACAUACAUUAGAUAAGAAUGAAUGCGUAGAUAUAUCAUAAAAUAUUAAUAAAAAUAUGAAAUAUAUAAACAAAUCGAUAAAAAAAUAAAAGAAUUCUAUUUUCAAUGAUCGAUUUACAUAUCUAUAUACAUACAUACAUACAUACAUACAUACAUACACACACAUAUACACACACACGUUAUACAAAAUGUUAACUUAUCGAUGCCGACUACUUAUAUGAAUUUCUGAUAAACGAAGAUCAACAUUAUUUUUUAUAUACCUCAGAAAGCCUAUGUAUUAAUGAAUGACUAUAUGAAUCGAAUUUCCGAAUAAUAAUUUUUCAACUUUUCAAAUGAAUCAUAUUACGGCUGUAUAUAGAAAUAAUAAUAAUAAUAAUAAUAAUAAUAUAAUAAUAAUAAUAAUAAUAAUAAUAAUAAUAAUAAUAAUAAUAAAUAAUAAAUAAUAAAACGAUAAACUAACAAUAAGAAUAUACGAUCUUCUAUACGAACGUAAUAAAUCUCUCAAAGUGUCGAUUCGAUUUAUCAUAUAAUUCGUAUCCGCAGGCGGAUUUCUGUAAUCGACAUUUAUACACAAACGGUGUUUCGAGCAAUAAUGAUUUAUAACGAUGAGUAAUAAUGAGAAAGUAAUCUAAAUGAAUGAGAGAUUAUGAAUAAGGUACAAAAAACAUCUUUUUCAAAUUGGCGCUAAAAUCAGAUCAUAAGUUCAUUCUAAUUUUUGUAUUUGUUAAUAUUAUGAUAUAUGAUAUUCGUCUAUGAUAAAGAAUAUUUCAAUAUAUCGCGAAUAUAUAUUGCAAAUGAAUACUAUAUUAAUGAUGAGUUAAAAAAAAAAUUUUAAGAAAAAAUUAAUAUCCUUGUAUAUGCGAGACAGUAUUAAUGAAAUGAUGAAUAAUUAUGUUAUGUACGAGUUUAUAUAUAUUAUGUUCGAGUUAAUACAUAUUAUGUAUAAGUUUAUACAAAUUAUGUAAGAGCAAAUUAUGUAUGAGCCUAUAUAUAUUAUGUACGAGUCUAAACAUAUUAUGUACAAGUUUAUAUAUAUAUUAUGUAUAGUUAAAAUAUUUGCAAAUGUAUCUAUCUUUUACGGUCCAUUAUUUUUCUCCUUUUAUGUAUUUUUACAUGAAUAUUUUUACAUCUACCUAAUGAACUUAUAUAGUCCAUGUACUAACGAAAAAUCUUUUUAAUAUUUGCUAAUAGCGUACAGAUCAUAUAAUUAAUAUUUUGGACAAGUAGAAAAAAAAUUGUAUUUAGUUGAAUGUUGAAUGUACUUAUUCAUUAGCAUGCAAUAAACAUGUACGUACGAACACCGCCA